AUGCCCUUCCUCACAGCACCCAACUGGCAGAUCAGCUGGACUCCACUGCUGGUGCUAGGUUAUCUCUUUUACCUCCUCCUGGGUGCUACGGUGUUCCAGUUGCUGGAGAAGCAGGCAGAAACCCACUCUCGGGACCAGUUCCACCUGGAGAAGCUCAAGUUCCUGCAGAACUACACGUGCUUGGACAGGCAAGCCCUGGAGCAGUUCAUACAGGUCCUCAUGGAAGCAUUGGAAAAAGGGGUCAACCUAAAACAAAACUCUACAAAUCCCAGUAACUGGGACUUCAGCAAUUCUUUCUUUUUUGCAGGAGCUGUUGUCACUACUAUAGGCUAUGGUAACCGGUCUCCCAACACAGUGGCGGGACAGGUCUUCUGUGUUUUUUAUGCCUUAUUUGGAGUGCCACUCAACUUGGCCUUCCUUAACCAGCUGGGGAAAGGUCUCAAUGCUCAUUUGAUUACUCUGGAAAGAUGGGUGCAAAAGCCAGGCUAUGACCAGGUGGUUCAAAGACUGGCCAUGGCUGUCUUCCUGACUGCAGGGAUCUUGCUUUUUCUAGUGUUCCCACCACUGGUUUUCAGUUACGUAGAAGGCUGGAGCUAUGGAGAAGGCUUUUACUUCACUUUCAUCACCUUGAGCACCAUUGGAUUUGGGGACUAUGUAGUAGGCACAAACCCAAACAAGCACUACAUCCCACUCUACAGAAGUCUAACUGCAAUUUGGAUCGUUUUUGGCUUGGCCUGGCUGGCCUUGGUCUUCAACGUGGGAGCUCAUUUGAUGGAAAAAUUCCUUCAGCUCAAGUGGCACAAGCCUGACUUAAGCUUGACAGAAGGAUCCCCAACCAAACCAUGA